AUGGCAUUCUACAAGACUCUUCUUUUAACAUUUUUGAUCAUUUUCAUUGCUUCAGACAUCGUUGUCGGAGAAAUCGAAUCCGAUCAAAAAUUGUGCUUUGCAUCAAAUUUUUGUCCAACAACGCCAGAACGGUGUGACCAAUUUUGUUUUGCGUGGGAUCCAAGAAUUCUUUCCGUCAUUGAAGCCGAAGCCUUAGCACUGAAAGAUGCAAUUCUCAGAGCUAUGUCUUCGCACUUGGAGCUUGUUACAUUUGAAAGAGAUUCCCAAUGA